AAGCCACUCAAAAAGAAACACUCGAACAACACAAAAAGGGAAGGAAAUAAAUUCAAGAAUGGCACCUCCCUGCGCCCACUGCCACUCCGCGCGCGCGGUCAUCAUCCGGCCCAAAAACCGCCACCGCCUCUGCCGCGAGUGCUUCAUCCGAGUCUUCGAGACAGAAGUGCACGAGACGAUCACCGCGACACAACUCUUCCAGCGCGGCGAGCGCAUCGCCAUCGGCGCCAGCGGCGGCAAAGACAGCACCGUCCUCGCCGCCGUGCUGAAAACCCUCAACGAGCGGUACGACUACGGCCUCUCGCUCUGCCUGCUGUCCAUCGACGAGGGCAUCCGCGGGUACCGCGACGACAGCCUGGAGACGGUCAAGCGCAAUGCGCAGCAGUAUGCCAUGCCGCUCGAGAUCGUCGGCUACGGGGAACUAUACGGGUGGACGAUGGACCAGGUGGUGGCGCAGGUGGGCAAGAAGGGCAACUGUACCUACUGCGGGGUGUUCCGGCGGCAGGCGCUCGACCGCGGCGCGGCGCGUCUGGGUAUCAGCCAUGUGGUGACGGGGCAUAACGCGGAUGAUGUGGCGGAGACGGUGAUGAUGAAUUUGCUGCGGGGGGAUCUGCCGCGGUUGUCGCGCGGGACGAGCAUCGUGACGGAUUCGGCGGCGAGUGAGGUCAAGCGGUCGAAGCCGUUGAAGUAUGCUUAUGAGAAGGAGAUUGUGCUGUAUGCGCAUCAUCGGCGGUUGGAUUAUUUUAGUACGGAGUGUAUUUAUUCGCCGGAGGCGUUUCGGGGGAGUGCGCGCUCGUUGAUUAAGGAUUUGGAGAAGAUUCGGCCAAGCUCGAUCUUGGAUAUUGUUCGCAGUGGGGAGGAUCUUGCGGGGUUGGUUCCUGCUGAGGUGAAGGGGACGGGGCCGGUGGGUGGGGGAGGAGGCGGAGGUGGUUGUGGGAGUCAGAAUGGGAGGACGAGUGGGGGGGAGAUGGCGGAGAUGGAGAGGCGGUUGGCCGGGGAUGAGGCCGCUGCUGGGCAGGAGACGGAGAUCCGUCUGCCGGUGAGGACGCCGGGGAGGAAGAACAAGCAGGCGAAGGACCAGCCCAAGGUGAAGACGCAGACGAUGGGCAAGUGUGAGCGCUGCGGGUACAUCUCGAGUCAGAAGGUGUGCAAGGCGUGCAGUUUGCUGGAGGGGUUGAAUAAGAACCGGCCGCGCAUGGCGAUUGACGUCGAUAUGGAGGAUGAGGAGAGCAGUACGACGUUGAUGCGACAGAUGGAGAGGGUAGAAUUGGGUUGACCGAUUAUCAGCUCAUCGAAACCAUCCAUCAUAUCAAUCGGUCCAGUCUGACCGGAGUCAAUCAGCGGGUCAGAUGUAGGAUAACAUCCUACCUACUACACCAAGUGGUCCAGACAGACCACAUCUACGAAUAUACGAUAGCUAUAUCAAGGCAGCACAGAAAGCACCAGCUUCAAGUUAAUAUACACAAAUGUAC